CAGUACAGUGAAAAAGUGCUCCAAAUCGCACGCCACAACGAGUCAGCCAAGCCAAUAGUUGCACCGCAGUUUAGUGCAAGAUAUACGGAAAAAAGUCAAAUCAACCGGCCAACAGUGCUUUACCGGUUCGACCGUACCGACCGGCCAACGUAUUCGUUCUUCUGCGGUGAGAGCUGGUGCUUCGAGUGCUCCGGCGUGCGGGCGGACGACGGACGGCGCGUAACGAUUGGAUUAUUCUAGCUAGGGAAAGGAAAAUAGAAGAAAAGUGCCCUCAAUAGCAUCGAAAUAAACGUUCAGUGAAGCAAUCGGUGCAGGAAAACCUCGUGCAUACAGCAAGGACUCAUCGUCAUUCAUCUUUUGCGGCUUUUGUGGCUCAUACUUUAUUGAUUUAAUUAAAUCAACGGAUUGGAAAAUGAACACUUUGCUCAUAUUGUCCGCACUUGUGACAGUCAUCGCAGCACAGAGGGAUUACACCACGCCGGUGCCCAUCCUGAAGCAGAUUAACCGACACAACGAGGACGGAAGCUACAGCUACGGCUAUGAGGCAGCGGAUGGCUCUUUCAAAAUCGAAACCAAAUAUCCAACUGGUGAGGUGCAGGGCAAAUACGGCUACGUUGACGACGGCGGAAAGCUUCGUGAGAUAGAAUAUGGAGCCAGUAAACGAGGAUUCGAACCGGCAGGAACGGAUAUUAAUGUCCCCCCACCGACUUUGACCAACAACAACUAUCCCCCACUAGGACCAAACGAGGAGGAUGAUGGUCAGUACCGCGAGGACCCAAGCGUUUACUACAAGGACUCACGAUACAACUCCCGGCCAGCUACGGCUCCUGCUUACCAGCCUCGCCCAGCGCCAGUCCAGUACAACUCGGCACCACAGCAGUACUACCAGAACAACGUAACCCCAGCUCCAGCUCCGGCUGCUCCAGUCUACCAGCAACCUCAACACCGGUUCCAACCUCAGCAGCAGUAUUACCAACAGCCAGCCCCACAGCAGCAACGGUCGGAAUACUGGCAUCCGAAUGCUCGGGUGGACAUCAAUACCGGAUCGUAUUCACUCAGCUACACCGGCUAACUUAGCUGAGCCAAAACUGGUGCGUGAGGGUGUGUGAGUGUGUCCCUAAGUCAAUUUACCGUGUAUGCCAAGCGCUUUACUUUUAUUGUUAAUGAACUUAUCGUAGAAGUGACGUUUAUGUACUUUUCUCAAUUCUGCGCUACACAGCUGAUUCUGCUUCAGUUGAGAUGAGUUUUCAGGGUACAUCUUUAUCAUAAUAGAAUUAAACGCCUUUUACAUUUUUAA